AUGAUGGCUGAGGCUCGGGGUCCUAAACCUCUGGGCCCAGUCUCAAAAUGGACCCCCACCACCCGUGGGAAAGAUGUCAAACAUUCAGGGAAGUCUGUGAGGUCCCGGGAGCUCCGGCGACAAGCAUCCAGUCAGAGAAGCUGCCUCUUAGGGGUGGAAACAAGACAAGAGCUGGUCUGGGAGAACUGGGAGCUGGGAAGGGACUUCACCAAGGCCUUGGUGUUAAAGAAUAUCUAUAGCAAGCUGCAGAAGCUACAUUACAGGCCUCCUGUAUCCACAUUUUUCACCACCUUGUUUCCCCAGACAAUUGUUCUCAGACCUGGGAUCUCUAUUUCUUUGGCAGUCACCUUCAGACCACUGCAAAUGUGUGAGUAUGAGGAUAGUAUUGAGUUCCAGGGUGAAGAUGGUAGCUUCCAAGUUUGCCUUCGUGCCACCAUACCCUGUCUCUCCUUGGAGGUGCCAGAAUCUCUGCUGUUGCCACUCUGUGCUGUUCAACACUCCUCACACACAACUUUCCGAUUAAGAAACACCAGUAAGCUCCAAACAUGUUUCCACUGGGAGUGCACAGGACCAUUCCAGCUGAGUCCUGAACAAGGUCUGCUGAAGCCUGGCGAGGACUGUUGCAUCACUGUAGUCUUCCGACCACAAGAAGCUCUGGUGUACCAGGAGGAGGCCUGCUGCAGGUUUGGAGAGGAAGGAAAGGAGGUAGAAAGCUGCUGCACUGUGCUUCUGCAGGGAAUAGCCAAGUACCCAUGUCUCCAGCUGAGAAAUCCAGAUAAUGAUGGAGAGGAGCAAGGCAACCCAGUGCUGCACUUUGGCUCUGUGGCAGUAGGCCGCAGUGUACAAAAACACUUUAACAUCCACAAUCCCUCUCCUGUAACUGCCUCUUUCUCUCUCUCCCGGCUGUCAAAUGAAGUGCUUUUAUUGGGUUCAGAGUUCAGCUGCAACCUCAUGCAGGGCGAGGUGGCACCUGGUGCAUCACUCCGGGCUACAGUCACCUAUGUUCCUCUUGUUGUGGAUACUGUUUCCAUCGAAUAUUUGUCUCUAAGAUGUCCAGGAGCUCUCAGCAAAUCCCUGCUCAAACUCACUGGGAACUGUAUAGGUCCUACAGUCUCCUUGUCCUCCUCUGUGGUGGACUUUGGCUGUGUUGAGAAGGGAGGGGCAGUUGUGCAGACAGUGAAGCUGGUAAAUUCAUCACUUGCUGAGGCUGUCUACCAAUGGGACUUGGACUGCAGUGGUCAUAGUGUGUUUAGUAUUCAACCAGCAGCAGGAACUCUGCAACCACACAGCCAUACCACACUGAAGAUGGUGUAUAGGCCCACACACCCUAUAGCACACCACAGGAGAGUGCCCUGUCUUAUACUGCAUAUGGAUCCUGUGUUCAUAGACCUGAUUGGCACCUGUCACUCGAACCUCCAGCAGCCAGCCAUACUGCGACCUAAACACUUGGCUCUUAACCAGCUUCACCGGCAUCACAGACUCACAAAAGACCGACUAGACCUUAGUGCAAUGGAACAAGACCAUAAUAAACACAUAAACCAACAAGAGGUUCUCUGCCCCUCAGAGGAGUCAGACCAGGGGUCAGACGGUGCUACUGUCACAGAGAGCACUCCAAUGGAUGAAUACUACCAGGCCUGCUCGGGGGGUAUGGAUCCUCUUUCUUCGUGCUCCCCCUCGUCAUCGUUGUCUCCUCAUGUAACUGUGGAACCUGCUGAGCUGGUGUUCGGUCACAAAUAUUGCUCCUCUUUAUCUCGUUCAUCUGCUUUCUCUCAGUAUGUCUCCAUCACCAACCACACAAGCGGGAAGCUCAGCCUGGUGUGGACUGCUGCUGAAGACUCCCCGUUCUCUGUCUCUCCCUCAUCGUUUGACCUGAGUCCAUUGAAGUCAACCGCCUUCAAAGUGACCUAUGCCCCCCUGCAGAUGAACACCCUGCAUGGAGCACAACUGGAGUGCUUUGCAUUCUACAAGAAAGUUCAUCACGUGGAGGAGCAACUGCUGUGCCCCCCUUGGUGUGUGACGGUCAGAGUCAUAGGCCAUUCAUUCCAGCCAGACAAAGAGCGUUUCAUCCCACACUGCUCCCUGCAGCACCCCCGAGUGGUAUUUCCAGCCCUGAGUGUUCUCUCCUACCGGUCAGUGCUCUUUCAGAACUGUGGAGACUUACCCCUCACUUUCCAUUUGGACCCAGACCAGUGCCCAAACCCUUCCUUGGCAGAAUCAGUGUUUGUGGUGCCAAGCUGUGGUUUGAUCCAACCUGGAGAACACCAAAUCCUCACCCUCAGAACCACUCCCACUGCAGACAGUCCUGAACAGGGCUUUAGUUUAUCCCUGCAGCUCAAUGCAGCCAAACACACUCAGGAAUUAACAGUAUUCAGCAGAGUGGAAAAGCCAUGUGUGUCUCUGGAAGGAGAAGGCAGUCUCUACUUCCACCCUACAGCUGUGGGCUCACGCACUCAGUGCUCCCAGCAAAUCAGGAACCUCAGCCGCAUACCUCUGCGGUUUCAGUGGAGGAUCCUUGCAUCAGACCAGGAGUUCAUCACUGUAGAACCAGAUGCCGGAGAACUGCAGCCAAAUGAGAGCAAAGCCCAGACGUGGACCUUUAGCCCACUGGAAGAGACAAUGUACACACUCAAACCUUCCCUCACCUUCUGGUCAAUCCAAACUCCUGGAUGUGAGAAGUCAUACAUUCCCAUUCAAGUGACGGGAAUGGGAUCUAAAGGCUUUAUAGAGGCAGAGAAUGCAUUUCUGGAUAUUGGGGAGAUCCUGGUUGGAAGUUGCCGGUCAGUGGAGAUUCCUCUGGUGAACCGGAGUCUCUGCCCUGUCUCCUUCUGUCUCACUGUACAGCAGGCAUUACUGGACAAAGAACUUACUUAUGACCCCAACACUGAACCAGUUGCCCUACAGCUGGACUCUGUGAGGGGAACCAUCGCCUCCCACUCCAGAAUGCUGCUCCAUUCCACAGUCACACCACAUCGACAGGCCCAGUACUGCUGGACCAUAAGCUACGAGACUCUGAAUACCAAUGGGUUUGCAUUAUCUCCUGCCCAGAUAAUGUGUGAGGUACGGGGGGAGGGUGUGUACCCUACCUUACAGGUGAUUGAUGCAUGCAGUGCUGGCAGUGCGGAUGGGCUCAGCAAGGUGAAUCUUUGGAACCUCUUCUCGUUGGACAGGCUCAACAAACAGUUGCUGUCCGACCCUUCUCCUUCAGAGCUCACCUGUAGAACACCCAGCAGGCACAGUGUGCACCAUCCCUCUGUCUUACCCACGGCCAUGUUGGAUUUCAGCUUCAGCGCUGCUCCCCUGAACUCUGACCCUUCCACUGUUGUGCUGAUGCUUCACAACAUUGGCUCCGUCCCUGUUCACUGGGUAUUCUUGUUUCCAGAGGACCAGCAGAUAGAGUUGGAAUAUUGGGCACAGACAGGAGAGUUCAGCAGUACCGAGCUGCACCAGAUGAAGAUUCAGGACAACCGUUUGUUCAGCAUUUCUCCUCGCUCUGGAACUUUGCUCUCCAGCCAGCAGAGGGCAGUGCACUUUAACUACAGACAUAAAUUUGUUGGAAUGGACCGGCUACCUGUCCUGUUCAAACUCGCUCAUGGUAGGGAGAUCAUGCUUAACUUCCAGGGCGUGACAGUGGAGAGAGACAGACCCUACCUCCACUACACCUCCAGUCGGCAUGCCUUCACCCCUGUAUCCAUUGGAGUCUUCUCUCCUCCCAGACAGGCGUAUGAGCUGCAUAAUGGUGGUGCAUUGCCAGUCCAUUAUGAAGUGGACACGGCUCCACUGGAGCAGCUUCGGGCAAACAGCUUUAACCAUCCAGUGCUGUGCUGCCACAACCCUCAGGGAGAGGUCCUGCCAGGGAAGACAGCCAUACUGGAGUGGACCUUUUUCCCACUAGAGGCUAAGACAUACAAUGUGGACAUUCCUAUCCAUAUUCAGGGUGGGGAGUCCAUGCUGGUGAUUGAGGCAUGUGGGCUUGAUCCUCGGGCACUGGGAUCCUCAAACCAGUUUAAUUCCAGAGUUGAUGCCCAGUCAUCUGUGCCCUGGUUCCAGAGGGUGCCCUUACCAGGACAGGUAGCGUUCUUAUCUGAGGAGAGAGUGUCUCUUGGCGACAUCCCUGUGCACUCACACCCCUCAAGAAUCCUCUUCCUCACCAAUGUCUCACACACAGACACUAUCCUCUAUGCAUGGGAGCUGCCACAACAGAAGGAGCAACAGGUUUUGCAGAUCCACCCAGAGCGUGGGAGUCUAGGUCCAGGGCAGAGUGCUCUGUUUGUCCUUUCCUUGAUUUCCUCUGGCUGUCCCACCUUCUGUCAGUUAGAUGUCAUCUGUCAGAUUACACAGGAAGCAGCAGAGGCACAGUACCAUGAUGCUUUGCGGCGCUGGGAGGAAGAAAGAGAGAGACAGAAACAUGAAUUUACUCUCACAGAGAAAAACCUUAGAGACAGCAAAGGGCCUCCUGUGGACAAGGAGGCAGUUGCAGCUCAAACUCUUCCCCCUAUCCGUGCCAGCAGUAGUGACACUUUAGCUGGCACUUCACCUGCCAGGCUGACAAAGGCAGAGCGACGAGCGCAGAGAGAGGCAGCGACAGUAUGGAGGCGGCCUGAACCUCCCAAACCUUUUCUCCUGCAUCUGGAAGUGACGGCACGCUCCCAUGGACUACAGGAGUACAGCAUGCACUUCCCUAACCAGCUCAAUAAGCACUAUGUGUUCAGACACCUCCAACCUAAGUCCCAGAGGUCAGAAACUGCUUCUUCCAACCUCUCUCGCCCCCUGACUGGCCCUGAGAAAAACAUCAUCACAGACACACUUACUUCCCUCCUUUGGAGCCUGCUGGAUGAUCCACAGUUCCAUCAGUCUCUCACCAGCAUUGUGUCUGAGCCUGUCCCCUACUUCAGCCAGCUUCGAGAAACUACACUUUCUCCUCCAUCCUCUCCAUUUAAUGCCCCCUCCCCCCCCCGCCACCCCUCUGAGCACCCCUGCCCUACAUCUCCCCCCUCCCCACCUCAUUCCCACUCUCAACGUUCACAGCAUGCCCAAAAACCGUCUCAGUUGAGAGGCGAGAACCUGGCCCAGAAGAGUGUGCAAGGGAGCCUAUGCAGAUCUACUGAUUUUGUGUCUAUGUGUGAAGACGUUCUGCUGAACACCCUCCAGAAUCUGAUGAUGGAGGCUUUCUUAGGAGAGUUUGUCCUUACAGCGCGCCCUCGCGCCAUUCCCUUGCCACCUCUUUCUUCCAGGAGAGACAGCUGUGCCUUCGGGAGGAUGUCUGGAGUAAAGGCACAGGAGGAGAACCACAGAGAGUAGGAGGAACCAGCAGACUCAUCCUCUCAACACUCAGUACACUGGUUCACCAAAUAGUUUAUGUUCAGUAACUCACUUAUUGAAUAUUAAUUAAUUAACCAAUUGUUUUGAG